AUGGAUUCAAAGUCUUAAAAAGGAAAUAGGAGUAAGAAAUAUGAAAAAACAACUUCAGAAGAAAGAGCUAUGAUAAUUUUAAUGAAAGAGAAUGGAGUAUCAUGCAAAGAAAUCAGUGAAGCUUUAAAAAAAAAUAUAAAAACUAUCUAAUCAAUUAAAUCAAUCGAAAAAAGAUCUGAGUAUGGAGAAUUGAAAAAAGCCUUAAUUGAGUUUGGUUAUGAUUGGGUGAUUUAAAAUAAAAAUCUUAAUGUAAUUAAUUUUGCUUUGAUGAUAGAUAGAAAAUACUAGAAAGUUAGCUAAAAGUGUAAAUCGAUUAAUCAAAGAAUAAUUGACAUUAAAAACAUCAUAAUUUCAAAAAUUAAUACCAGAACAAAAGAGAUUAUCAAAUAAAAGAAGAAUAAUUCAGCAAAUUGUGGAUUCUAUUAUUUAAAAAGUUUUCAACUCUAAAUAAGUUUUAGAAAACUUAGAAACAACAAAUUAAUAGAAAAUUAUACCUAAAGAAGAAGAACCUGAUGAUUAAAAUAAGGAGUAUUUAAAUAUUGGUUAACUUACGAUUUUGCAAAUGUAUUAUGCAUAUACUUAAUUUAUAUAAUAAAGUAUACAAUAGAAUGAUCUCAAAAAUUGA